UCUUCUUGAAGAACCAUGGAGGCGGUGUUGUUUCAGUGGCUGAAGCUAGUGCUCGUCUCUGUCAUGGUGGUGGUGCUGGUUUUAAAACUGUGGGUGUUGCUUUGGUGGCGACCGAGGAAGAUCGAAGACCAUUUCUCAAGGCAAGGGAUCAAAGGUCCCCCUUACCAUUUCUUCAUUGGGAAUGUUAAGGAACUUGUGGGGAUGAUGUUGAAGGCUUCUGCAACUCCCAUGCCUAAUUCCUCUCACAAUAUUCUCCCCCGAGUCCUCUCUUUUUACCACCAUUGGAAGAAAAUCUAUGGUGCAACAUUUCUUGUGUGGUUCGGUCCCACGGUUCGAUUAACAGUGUCGGACCCUGAUCUCAUAAGGGAAAUCUUCAUCUCCAAAUCCGAAUUCUAUGAGAAAACCGAUGCGCACCCUUUGAUUAAACAGCUUGAAGGUGAUGGCCUGCUUAGUCUCAAAGGUCAGAAAUGGGCUCAUCAUCGCAAAAUCAUUACCCCCACUUUCCAUAUGGAAAAUCUCAAAUUGCUUGUGCCGGUGAUGGCACAAAGAGUGACCGAGAUGCUAGACCAAUGGUCGGCAAUGUUGUCCGACUCCGGCGACAUCAAAAUCGACGUUUGCGAAUGGUUCCAAACACUCACCGAAGAUGUCAUUACGCGUACCGCGUUCGGGAUCAGUUACGAGGAAGGGAAGGCCAUAUUUCGUUUACAAGCUCAAGAAUUGGUGCUUGCUGCCGAGACAUUUCAAAAGGUUUUCAUCCCUGGCUAUAGAUUUUUACCUACGAAAAGGAACAUAAGGUGUUGGAAAUUGGACAAGGAGAUAAAGAAGUCGUUGAUGAAGCUAAUCGAACGUCGGAAAAUGAAAGCAAGGAACGUAAAGGAGGAAGAGGGGGCGAUGGAUUUGCUGGGAUCAUUGAUCGAAGCAUCGUAUUCAAGUCCGAAUAUGACUGUCCACGACAUGAUUGAAGAGUGCAAGAGUUUUUUCUUUGCAGGCAAAGAGACCACAUCCAAUUUGCUUACGUGGACGACUGUUUUGCUAUCAAUGCACCCAGAGUGGCAGGUGCAAGCACGUGAUGAGGUGUUAAGGGUGUGUGGAUCACGUGACUUACCCACCAAAGAUGAUCUUGUCAAGCUUAAGACGCUGUCUAUGAUAUUAAAUGAAUCACUUCGUUUAUACCCGCCAGUAAUAGCCACAAUCAGAGAGGCCAAAUCAGAUGCUAAGCUUGGGGGUUACAUGAUCCCUCGUGGGACCGAACUUUUGAUACCAAUCUUGGCCGUUCAUCAUGAUCAAACCAUAUGGGGCAACGAUGCCAAUGAGUUCAAUCCGGGUCGGUUCUCCAAAGGCGUGGCGAGUGCAGCAAAACAUCCGGUCGGGUUCAUCCCGUUCGGUCUUGGGGUCCGGACUUGCAUAGGUCAAAACUUGGCCAUUUUGCAAGCCAAGUUAGCCCUUUCUAUCAUACUUCAACGCUUCACCUUCCGGUUGGCUCAAACCUAUCAACAUGCACCUACGGUUCUUAUGCUGCUUUACCCACAAUAUGGAGCCCCAAUCAUCUUUAAACCUCGAUGAUCAACGGUCCUAAAUUAAUCCCACACUUUCUCAGCUCUGUAUCUUCAAACUAAAUGUUCUAUAAC